UUGGGACAAAAGGUUUAAAGCCCACCAAAAUUUCUAUAUAAGUUAACUAACAGUGACAUCAAUUAAACUUCACCGUCUUUCCACGAUUUCGAUUCCGAUUCCGAUUCAAGUUGGAAAAUCAAAAGAAGGAAAUUAACAAACAAUGGUUCGCAAAAAAAAACAAAAAAAACAAACAAUGGCUCACCUUGAUCAAUCAAGCACCAACCAUGCGAAAGUUUCCCUCACGGUCGCCAAACAUCUCUUCUCAAAAGAAUCAGACAACAACGUCGUCUUUUCACCAUUGUCUCUCCAAGUUGUUCUCAGUAUCAUCGCUGCUGGCUCUGAGGGUCCUACUCAACAACAGCUUCUCGACUUCCUCCGUUUCAAAUCCAUCGAUCAUCUCAACUCCUUCGUCUCUCAUCUCCUUUCUGUCCUCCUCAAAGAUGCAGCUUCUUCCGGUGGUCCUCGCCUCUCUUUCGCCAAUGGUGUAUGGGUGGAGAAAAACCUUUCUCUUCAACCUUCCUUCCAAGAAACCAUGUCUACCGAUUAUAAGGCCACUCUCGCUUCUGUUGAUUUCAUAAACAAGGCUAUUGAAGUGACUAAAGAGGUGAAUUUAUGGGCUGAAAAAGAAACAUACGGCCUUAUUAAAGAAAUUCUUCCUGAAGGGUCGGUCAACAACUUAACCAGACUCAUCUUUGCUAAUGCACUAUAUUUUAAAGGAGAAUGGGUUGAUCAAUUUUUUGAUUAUAAUACCGAAAACUAUGAUUUUCACCUUCUGAAUGGCAGCUCAGUCAAAGUUCCCUUUAUGAGCACCAACCUUGAUCAGUUUAUUAGAGCUUUUGAUGGUUUUAAAGUGCUUUGUCUCCCUUAUGAGCAAGGUGGAGAUAAGCGACAAUUCUCUAUGUACAUUUUUCUUCCAAAUGCAAAAGGUGGACUAUCGGCUAUGGUUGAAAAGGUGGCUUCUGAAUUUGAGUUCCUAGAGCCCAAGCUUCCUUAUAAACGAGUGAAAGUAGGUAAUUUCCAAAUUCCAAGAUUCAAAUUUUCAUUUGGGCUUGAAACUUCUCGAAUGAUGAAGGAGCUAGGAGUGAUUUUACCUUUCUCUUCUGGAGGUUUGACAAAAAUGGUGGACUCUCUUGAAGGUCAAGACUUUUCUGUUUCCAACAUAUUUCACAAGUCUACCAUUGAAGUAAAUGAGGAAGGCACUGAAGCUGCUACAGCCAAUGCUAAAAUAGGGGUCUUGUGUGCGCCAACUGGAAUAGACUUUAUAGCCGAUCACCCUUUCCUAUUUCUAAUUAGAGAAGAUUCGACCCAAACAAUCAUCUUUGCCGGACAGGUUCUCAAUCCUCUUGUUGGGUGAUCUUAACUUCUCAAACCGCAAUCAAUUGCAUCACUCAUAGAAAGCGAGGGGAGCUCAUUAUUUUUUUUUUGUUGAAAGGAAUGCAUUUUUUUUAAUAAGAGAUAGUUUAGUGUUUCUGACAUGAUCUAAUUGUGGGACAAAUAGAUUAAGAUUAUCUUAGUUUUUAUGUUAUUUCUUUUGAGGUUAAUUUAUGUUUUGAUACGAUCUUAAUUGAGGUUAUUAUCUGUUAUUUUUUAGAUCAU